GUUCUUGAUAUACAUUCUCAAUACCUUGUUGAGUGCCUGAACCUCCACGAGUUCCUGGUCCAUUAUCUCUACCUCUUGUCUAGUAGCUUUCAGAUCAGCCAAGGUAUCAUCCAGUUCAUGGGUCACAUUGGUUUGGGUCUUAAAACAAUUGGUUACGGACACGCUUGCAAAUGGCAAGGUUGCGACCACAUACACCCUCCCAUAUCGGAGGCCGAAGGUACCAAGAUCAUGAUGGAGGAUCUGGUUCAAUUUGAGAAAUGUGUUGAACAAUCAGCCCCUGGACUCAAUGAUAACCAAUACGCUGCCUGCGUGGACUUUGCGUUUAAUAUGGGAUGCGGUGCGUUUGGAGGGUCAGACAUUUUGGCAAACAUCAAGGCCAACAAUUUACAAGCGGCUGCCAACUCGUUUUUGAAAUACAACGUGGCCGGGGGUCAGGUCAUAGAGGGGCUCACUGUUCGCAGGCAAAAGGACAAGGACCUAUUCCUGAGAUAAAUCAUUAUAAUAGUAUACACUGUAAUAUUAUGUAUCUGAUUUAUAUUUGACCAAAUUCUAAACAAAUUGCUU